GUGCGUCUCUCCGUGAUUCACUUUCGACACAGCUAUUGGAAAUCAAACACGUGUGAAGGACAUUUGAAUAUUAGUAAUUCAUGUAUUUAAAUCACCAAAGAGAAUUUAAAACAGCGAAAAUGUCAGAAGUUAUCGCACUGCCUUUCCUGAAGCCCAUCCACAUGAGAGCUCCGAUCUCCCCCGGCCGCCAGCGCCGGCACACGCUCCCCGCCAGCGAGUUCCGCUCGCUCAACACUGAGGACGCCAUCAGUGUAUUCGAAAUAGAGAGAGAGGCUUUUAUAUCUGUGUCUGGGGAAUGUCCUCUUCACCUGGAUGAGGUCCGGCACUUCCUAACCCUCUGUCCUGAGUUUUCUUUGGGCUGGUUUGAACAGGGGAGGCUUGUCGCUUUUAUCAUUGGAUCGCUCUGGGACCAGGACCGUCUAACCACUGAUGCAUUAACCCUUCAUAAGCCUCAUGGGACUACUGUCCACAUCCAUGUGCUGGGAGUCCACCGGACCUUCCGCCAGCAGGGAAAAGGAUCUAUCUUGCUGUGGCGUUACCUGCAGUAUCUGCGCUGUCUACCAUAUGUCCGCCGCGCCGUGCUCAUGUGUGAGGACUUCCUGGUGCCUUUCUACCAGAAGUCUGGCUUUAAGGGGCAAGGUCCUUCUGAAAUCACCGUAGGGCCACUUACCUUCAUCGAGAUGUAUUAUCCUAUAAGGGGACAUGCAUUCAUGCGCCGUAACAGUGGCUGUUAAGGGAUCACUAGUCAUGUAGCUCUUUGGACCUUCAAAAGAAGCAGUGGCUGUGUUGAAGCAGCUUUUGGUUUUGGUCUAGAUAUCUUGUGGUGUAGUGCUGUUUGCGUCUACUUUUGUAAGCCUUGGUGAGCAUAGCAAAAAAAAAUGUUAGAUGUCAAAAAUGUUUGGACAGAGCAAACUGUAUCCCACUCUCUUAUCUAAAAGUGAUGGCUAAAACUAUAUUUUUUCUUAUAUAUAU